UCUAAAAAAAGACAUGCCAACUCAAAAAUCUGUUCGCUUUGAUUUGAGGGAAUUACAAGCACAAAUUAGUGAAGAACAACAAAGGCAAAAUGUUCUUUUUAAUAUAACGGAACGUUUCCCUGGAUUUUUUGAAGUUCCAGAACGCUGUAUUCCUUUCCAGUUUGACGACAAUCAACAAAUUCAACAAAAUGAAGGAUUUCCUCAAGUUUUAAAAAAUGUUUUAUUUAAUGAAGAAGAGCAACAACAACAAAAUUCUUCACAAAAAGAAAAAGAAAAAAUUUUUACUAAAAGAGGACAAAAAAGUCUUUUUUCUCAACACUUUGACAGUUCAAAAUUAAAAGGAAACAAAAAAGAAGAAAAGAAAGAAGAAGAACAUUUAAUUAAUGAAGCAAUUAAAAAUUUGGAAAUUAUUGGUCUGGUUGAGAAGAAUGAAAAAGCGAAAUUUAGUGAUGGUGGAAGUGGUGCUCAUUUGGCUAUGGAUCCAAUUCAACAGGAUUUGGCAUUUAAAUUUAUGAAGAAUAUUCUCCCACGGAAAGAACAACAAAUAUUAAAAAUCUUUGAUCAAUUUUCAAAUACUAAAAUUACAACAGACCCCCAAAUUAAUGAAAACCGAGAACAACAAAUUGUUAGAAUGUGUCGUGAACGUUUAGAAGAAAUUCGCUCGCUUUAUUUGGAACAAAUUGAGGAUACAACAACUGGCCGUCGAACAUGGAUUUUUGCUAAAGGAAUUGUUGAUAUUUUUAUACCAAUUCGUAAAGUUUUGGAUGCUGUUAAUCAACGAAGUUCAACUACCCCAACAUUGGAUGAUGUUGAAAUUAUUUAUUUAUGUUUACUUUGGACAGUUGCUCUGUUUUUGGAAAAACCAACACUUUUUAAGGCUCUAACUUCUGUCAAUGCUUUUUGUGUUCGUUUAGCGGAGGUUUUUUUAAUUGGUCCAGAAAUAUUUUGUAAUGAAGCAAUAAAUGAAUUAAUUGGAAUUAUUUUAAAGAAAUUUUUAAUUGAAUCAGCAAACAAAAAAAUGUUAAAAUUUCAAUUGGAAGACACAAUUGCUGGUUUGGAUGCUUUUAUGCCUUUUUUUGUUGAUUUACUUAAAUGUUUUGAAGAAUUUUCUAAUGGAAAUGAAAAUUUUGGAUUAAUAAUUCUUUUGAUUAUUUAUUUAAAUAAUUCUCCAAAAAUUAAUAAAUUAAAAAUGGCACAAACACUUUGGUCGUUACAAAGAAAUGUUGUUAGGCAAAUGAAUAUUUUAAUUAAUGAUAAUAAUGGAAAAUUUGUGGUAAAUUAUUUUUUAAUUUUUAAAAAAGUUUAA